AUGAAGUUCCGGUUUUCCUUGGUGAGCAACAAGGAAGAAGGUUCCGCGCUUCCACCAGACUUGCUUGAUUUGGAUGAGGAAGUCUUUUACUUGCGUGUUGAAAGAUCCGUUCGGGAGGGUCGCAAGCACGACGGGAAGGUCAUUGCAGAGGUCGAGCAGCAUUUGAAUAAGCACCAGUUUGGACGCCACCUUCCAGCAAAACAGGCGAAGAAGGCUAUGACAGAGCUGGGAAUUCCCGCGGAGCACAUUCCAAGUGAUCGAGCUUUAGAUGGUGUCAGACACCGACAUUUGGAAGAGGCCAAAUCCUAUGACGGCAAGUUUGUUUCCACAUUUCGAGCUUUUUGCCAGCACCCACCCUUGCCAGUCGCUGUGCUUCACACGGAAGAGACACCUCUGGUUUCAGAAGAAACGGUUCGGGUCUUGUUUUACGAGCAAGAGAACUUGGAUGCCGUGAUUGCCUACCUUGGCACACAGGAUCGGUGUGUGCUCGUCAUGGAUGCCACAUUCAAGACCAAUGUGCAGGAUCUUGUGUUAGCUAGCCUCGGACUGGUCGUCUUGCACCAGGUUGGCGGAGUGGUGCGCAAUCGAUUCUGGCCGGUAGUUUGUGCUGUGUGUGACAAGGAAGAUGAACCGUGUUAUGCACUCUUAUGUCGAUCUUUCCAGAAGCUAUUGGAAGCUUCGGGUUUGGAUUGGAAGAAACUGGUGACGAAUGUGGUCAUGGAUGGUGCAGGCGGUGCCAUCAAUGCGACAAGUGCAUGCUUUCCAGACGCUACUUUGCACCGGGACUUAGAACACAUAAAGAAAGACGUCAAGCGCACAGGGACAAAAAAAAAAGUUGACUCAGAGUUGACACUGGAGAUAACGGAAAUCAUCCAGUUCAGCGCGAAAAUCGCACAUCCAUUACAGUUCCAUGUCAUCUGGGAAGACACGUUGCGAAGGCUGCGUGACCCCGAAGACUGGAAUCAGGAGAAAUUCGCGGAUUACUUGGAGAAGUGGGUCUUGCAGAAGAAAGGCUUGUGGUGGAGCGCAGAUUGGCAGAGUGGUCUCGGUCAAGUGUGCCCGGGUUACGGAACCCAAUCCCACCGGCUCACGUUGGACUUGAUGCAGCAGUGGCGAGAUAAGGAAGGUGACGCAAACACCUUUCUCAAGUACGAGACUGCGGGCCGCAUCAUGGUAGACUGUCGGACGGUGGACAUUACUUCAGUCAUCGUUAUGCCAAAGUACAAAUUGGAGUAUGCCAAGAACAAGAAAAGGGACAUGGUGCAGCGGUUGGACUUGGCACUUUGUUCUUUGUAUGAAGAUGGUGAAGCUGCUUUUCGCACUGCUUUGGGAAACCCAAGGCAGUGGUCCUUUUCCAUGCAUAAAAAAUUGUUCUACAAGUACACUGUGAUGUAUGUGCUUAGCACGGGCCGUGUCGUGGAUGAACAUCCACAUUUUGUGCACAGUAGCUGCAGCGAGCAGGCUUUCUUUUACAAAUCCGUGUUAGGCAGCUUGAAUCUGCACCCCAUUGCAAGGGGCCCCAAGACUCUCAAAGCCAGGCGUCCACGGCGGGACAGGCGAACCGAGGAGUUUCGCAAAAAAAUGCGUACUCCUUCGCCUUGA